GGAAUAAAAGGAAAUGGGCCUAGAAAAUGGAUGUCGGUGUCACCAUCACCGACCACCGUGUGAGACUAAACUCUAUUUACUUCUUUAACCGGAGAGGCGGGAAUGGAUGGGCCGCCGGCGUCAACUGCGGACCACAGCCUCGCGCGCGCAAUGCUCCGCCGUCGAAGUAACCUUUAUCUUCUCGCCUACAAUUCCGUCCAGGCCUUCGGAUGGACACUCUCUCUGUGUAUAAUUUUGAGCAGCUUCGUAUCCAUCCAUUCGUUUAACGGGGCCUACGCGUCUGCUGGAGAGCUUAUCUGUUUGUUGCAAACUGUUUCAUUCGUGGAAGUUCUGCAUGGAGCUAUAGGUAUUGUUCCGAGUGGGAUUCUGCUUCCGCUGAUGCAAUGGGGUGGGAGGACUCAUUUUCUAUUAGCCAUUGUUCGUCAUAUCGUUGAGGUCCAGGAGUUGCUGUCAGUAUUCAUAACUUUUGUUGCUUGGAGCCUGAGUGAGGUUAUCAGGUACUCACAUCAUGCUUUGAAUUGCAUGGGGAGUUGUCCAUCUUGGAUCAUCUACCUCAGGUACACUGCAUUUAUUGUGUUGUAUCCAGUGGGGGUUGCUCCUGGGGAAAUGUGGCUUAUGUACCAAGCACUUCCAUUUAUAAAGAAGAAAAAUCUCUAUGCGGAUUUCUUUGCUGGUCUCCCCUUCAGCUAUUAUCAUUUUGUCUGGGUACUGUUUCUCUGCUACCCAUUUCUGUGGUUGAAACUGUACCUGCAUUUAUUCAAGCAACGUCAGUCAAAACUCAGUAAGUGCCAUGAGAAAAAGAGAAAGUGAAGGGUUGAGCUCUUGCCAUUUCAGGGACAUGACUUCUGCAGGAAGCCUUUGCCAUAUGCCAUAGAGCUGAAUAUUAGUUUUUGUGGCACUCCCAACUACAGCAAAGUAUUCAUGGCCCCCUCUCAAGGGACACCCCCAUCUUUCAUUUCAUGAAAUGCUUCCCCUAAGAUGUUUCUUAUUAAACUGUUCCUCUUUUUCUUUUCCUCUAGCAAACAACAUUAUUUCAUAGUAAUGUUUAUGUAGCGUUGAAUUCUAAAGAGUUCAUAUAAUUUUGAGCAAUUUGUAGUUUAUGUUCUGUUUUCAUUUUUCAUUUUUCAUUUUUUUUAAAGCGUGAUCUUGGUGUGCACUCAUUGUACCGUGGACUUGCAAUAGGCUCUUAUUAAUUGAAAUAGCUCUGCUAUGAGUUGUGUUUGGGUACUAA